CCUGGCAUCCCGUCAGAACCAGACGUCAGUGCUUGCUCUGGUCUGCGGUUGUAGCUUUAGUGAGUUUGCUGCUAGCUUUUGUUCGGUGUAGAAUAAACUACCUUACCGAGUAGCUACCCGCUUAUCAAUACACGGACCGUGAAAAUACAUACAGAAAACUGUGACGUGUGAGACGUUGUUCAGCUCGAUAUAAACACGAAGGACUGCAGUGGAACUCUAAACUGAUACCAGUGUCUUCCUCCAUCACUGCUCCCAGCCUCCUCCCAUCCAUCCACUGCUCUUACUGGUUGUCUCCUGCAGUUCUCAGCAUGGCGACUAUGUUCCUACUCUGGCUGUGCCACUGACCACCACCCUGGACUACCACCAUGGAGAGAAAACGCAGAAAGAAAAUAAUCUAGCUGCUCAGGCCAUUUGCACACACCCUGCUGCUGGAGUUUGAAAGGGCCUGGUCAGACUGAUGGUUUGCGCUACAACUUUACAACUUAAGAUGCUCCUGCUUCCUGUGUGGGCAUCCAUGCUUUUGGGCCUGCUGAUGGGCUUCGUGCCCGUGGUGGGGAUGGAGCUAACGGAAGGAGCCAAAUCUGACUUUGACCACGCCCCCAACACAGAGCCCCUCCCUUCAUCGUCUGGCUCCAACUGCUCCCAGUUAACCCUCAAACUGGAGUUCUCCUCCAAGGUGGUGGAACAUGAGUACAUCAUAGCGUUUACGGGGUAUUUCUCUGCCAAAGCUCGCAGCCUGUACAUCAGCAGCGCCCUGCGGAACUCCGGGGACGGAGCGCUGGAGUGGCACAUCGUUCCCAGACAAAACCCAGCCUCCGACUUCCCCAGCGACUUUGAGCUGGUCCACAUCCGUCAAGCUUCGCCCAGCAGCCUGCUGACCUUAGAAGACCACCCUUACAUCAAGAGGGUGACGCCACAACGCAAAGUGUUUCGCAUGCUCAAAUACAUUCCCUCACCCGAACCUGCUGCACCCUGCAACGCCACCCGCCAGUCGUGGCAGUCAUCCCGCCCUUUCCGACGAACCAGCCUGUCCCUAGGCUCGGGCUUCUGGCACGCCACCGGUCGCCACUCCAGCCGGCGUCUGCUGAGGGCCAUCCCCCGCCACGUUGCGCAGAUCCUGCAGGCAGACGUACUCUGGCAGAUGGGCCACACUGGUUCUGGUGUGAAGGUGGCAGUGUUUGAUACAGGCCUGAGCGAGAAGCACCCCCACUUUAAGAACGUAAAGGAAAGGACCAACUGGACCAAUGAAAAGACACUGGAUGACGGUCUGGGCCACGGUACAUUCGUAGCCGGAGUAAUAGCCAGUAUGAGGGAGUGUCAAGGCUUUGCCCCCGACUCGGAGCUGCACAUCUUCAGAGUGUUCACCAACAACCAGGUAUCGUACACCUCGUGGUUCCUCGAUGCUUUCAACUACGCCAUCCUGAAGAAGAUUGAUGUUCUCAAUCUCAGCAUCGGGGGGCCUGACUUCAUGGACCACCCCUUUGUUGAUAAGGUGUGGGAGCUCACUGCCAACAGAGUGAUCAUGGUCUCUGCUAUUGGCAACGACGGACCUCUGUAUGGUACCCUGAACAACCCAGCCGACCAGAUGGAUGUGAUCGGGGUCGGAGGCAUCGACUUUGAGGACAACAUCGCUAGGUUUUCCUCCAGAGGCAUGACAACCUGGGAGCUGCCGGGGGGCUACGGCCGGGUGAAGCCUGACAUCGUCACCUACGGUUCUGGCGUUCGUGGAUCAGGGUUGAAGGAGGGGUGUCGCUCUCUGUCUGGCACCAGCGUGGCCUCUCCCGUGGUGGCUGGUGCCGUGACUCUCCUGGUCAGCACCGUCCUGAACAGGGAGUUGGUGAACCCAGCCUCCAUGAAACAGGCUCUGAUCGCCUCGGCCCGUAGGCUGCCAGGGGUCAACAUGUUCGAGCAGGGCCACGGGAAGCUAGACCUGAUCAGAGCCUACCAGAUCCUCAACAGUUACAAACCUCAGGCCAGUCUUUCUCCCAGCUACAUCGACCUGACAGAGUGUCCGUACAUGUGGCCGUACUGCUCCCAGCCCAUCUACUAUGGAGGAAUGCCCACUAUCGUCAACGUGACCAUUCUCAACGGCAUGGGUGUCACUGGCAGGAUUGUCGACAAGCCCAUCUGGCAGCCCUACCUCCCCCAGAACGGCGACCACAUCGAUGUGGCCGUCUCUUACUCUCCCGUGCUGUGGCCGUGGGCCGGCUACCUGGCUGUGUCCAUCUCCGUGGCCAAGAAAGCGGCGUCGUGGGAAGGGGUCGCUCAGGGCCAUGUGAUGGUCACAGUGGCGUCGCCUGCAGAGAAUGAUUCAGAGGCAGGUGGUGAGCUGACCUCCACAGUCAAACUGCCCAUCAAGGUGAAGAUCGUGCCCACCCCUCCGCGCAGUAAGAGGGUGCUGUGGGACCAGUACCACAACCUGCGCUACCCGCCCGGCUACUUUCCCCGGGACAACCUCCGCAUGAAAAACGACCCACUGGACUGGAAUGGAGACCACAUCCACACUAACUUCCGGGACAUGUACCAGCACCUGAGGAGUAUGGGAUACUUUGUCGAGGUGCUCGGAGCGCCCAUCACCUGCUUCGAUGCCAGCCAGUAUGGCACGUUGCUGAUGGUGGACAGCGAGGAGGAGUAUUUCCCUGAAGAGAUCACCAAGCUGAGGAGAGACAUCGACAACGGCCUGUCGCUCAUUAUCUUCAGUGACUGGUACAACACCUCGGUCAUGAGGAAGGUCAAGUUCUAUGACGAAAACACCAGGCAGUGGUGGAUGCCAGACACAGGGGGCGCUAACGUACCAGCUCUGAACGACCUGAUCUCCGUGUGGGGGAUGGCGUUCAGUGAUGGGCUGUACGAGGGAGACUUCACGUUGGCUGAUCAUGACAUGUACUAUGCCUCAGGCUGCAGCAUCGCCCGUUUCCCAGAAGAUGGAAUAGUGAUUGCUAAGAAUCUAAAGGACCAAGGUCUGGAGGUGUUAAAGCAGGAGACAGCAGUGGUGGAGGGAGUUCCCAUCCUCGGACUAUACCAAACACCGUCUGACGGGGGAGGUCGCAUCGCUCUGUACGGUGAUUCUAACUGUAUAGACGACAGCCACAGACAGAAAGACUGUUUCUGGAUGCUAGACGCUCUCCUUCAGUACACUUCGUACAGUAUGACCCCUCCCAGCCUCAGCCACUCCCACAGCAGGGUGGCACCACCCACAGGCACCGAGCGCCCACUGCCACAGAGACUGGAAGGCAACCAUCUUUACCGCUACUCCAAAGUUCUGGAGCCCCACCUGGGAGACCCUAAGCCCCGCCCACUACCAGCCUGCCCCCACCUGUCAUGGGCAAAGCCACAGCCGCUCAAUGAGACAGCACCCAGUAACCUGUGGAAGCACCAGAAGCUUCUCUCAGUGGAUCUGGACAAAGUGGCUCUGCCCAACGUGAGGGCUUACCGUCCCCAGGUCAGACCUCUGUCUCCUGGGGAGAGUGGAGCCUGGGACAUCCCGGGAGGGAUAAUGCCCGGCCGCUACAACCAAGAGGUGGGCCAGACCAUCCCAGUGUUUGCCUUCCUGGGAGCCAUGGUCGUCCUGUCCUUCUUCGUGGUCCAGCUCACAAAGUCCAAGAGCAAGCCCAAGCGCAGGAAGCCCCGCAUCAAACGGCCCACGUAUCUCCAGCAGCAGCAGCAGCAGCAGCAGACGACGGCUGGGAGAACCCCCAGCGUUUGAAUGGGACUGUAACUCCGAGCUGCUGCUGCUGGAGAGCUGGAUUCGCCUCCCAAAAACUGAGACGCUGGUAAACGGACGGCUUGCGUUGAGUAGCAACAGUGGAGGUGUGGAAUGACAUGGAGUCUAAUGAACUGUCGAGGCAGACGUCUGACUCUUUAAACUUCGAGACAGGGCCCGGAGGUGAACGUACUCCCGGGCGUCUCUCGGAAGCCGAUGCAGUUUGUGUGCCUCUUGUCUGUUCGAGCCCCGUCCGCGGGCGAUUGUUUGUGGACUACUGAACAGUAUUAGACAAUGUCACACACACGAUAUUAAAAAAAACAUGUACACACAGUGUACACCUGGCCCUAAACAUGCCUGUUGGAGACAGACAUGUUGUCUACAUUUCCCUGGCUCUUCUUUGACCAAACAGUUUUCUUUAUGAAUGAAAUGUGUCUGACUUUUAUAUUUAUUGAAUUUGUUCGUGCCCUUAACACACAUACUCAGAAGUACAAGAGAUUCAUGCGCUCUCACACACACACGCACACACACGCACACAACACAAGGACCAUUGGAUGAUCAAGUUGUCUUCUCCUGUGUCACCACCCACUGUUUUCUAAGUCCUGCCCAUAUCUGUUUCAAUUCACUGUCUUUUCAUUGUUUUUAUAUUUUAUAUAAUGAAUGAACUCUGGCCAGGCGAUCUCCUCCAUGAUCUCAUGGUUAACAAAGUAGCAUUGAAAGACUUGUUCAAUUAUAUCUCAUCAAUUAAAAAGCAUAAUCAAAG